CGUGUGACUCUGAAGUUUUGUAAAAUAACGGUAUGGCUUUAAAUAAAGAAAAACUAUAUCUUGUCAAUAAUACUUCAAACUCCGCUGAAGGGGACGUUUCGAUGGAUUCCGUCGAACUGGUGAGGAGAUGUUCUAAAGAGAACACAGCUGAGACAUCUUGGGAUCCGAGUUGUUAUGUUUCAACUCAGGAUAGGAGUAAAGACGAGGGCGAUGUCACCCCGCCGUUCGUGAGUAUUAUGGUGACUGAAGCGUCCAGCCCAUCGCAAAGUAUCGAGAACAUUUCCACGCAGACGGACCCUUGCGAGCUGGUCAUCAACUGCGGAGUUUCUGAGGUGAGCCUAUCGUUCUCAAAAGAUUUCAACACACAAGGUUCCACAUCUACGUCUGAGGAUAACUUACGAACAAAACGAGUAAGACGCGAUUCUCACGAUGAAGACAGAAUUUUUAGACCUUGGAAACGAACCAAAAAUGCAAGUUUUACGCGGUCUCCGAGUUUAAUCAAAGAGAAUAAAACACUCCGGCCCACAGUGUCAUCGAGUCAACUAUCUUCCACAUCGGAUGUCUCGUUUAAGUCAUUGAGCAGUAGUCAAACCUUCAAAGUGAGGAAAAGGAAGCCAAUGUCAGAGUCUAAUUUGUUCAAAGACGCACUCCACAAGUCGAGGAAGAAUAGAAGCUUUAACAAAUCCGGAAACAACACCCCAGGUGGGUCGCCGAGGAGAGAGAGGAGUCACCGCCGGAACGCGCCUAAGAGUUGGAAGUUUGUUGAUCUUUGCACAUGGAUUGGCAUGAAGAGUUACGAGUCCAUAACGGGCAUGCUCCGGGACCCGGCGCGGAAGCACGGGUCAGAGCGAGAAGGACAAGAAGACACAGGCCUUCGAGAGGAAGUGAGAGAGCUGCGACUGUACCUGAAAGAGGUCGAGGGACGGCAAGCACGGCUGGCGUGGGAGAAUGAUGCGCUGCGAGAACAACUAGACAAGAUGAACUCCAAAAUUGAACAGAUGGAGGAGAAGUUCAGGUUGCAGCAGCAGACACCAUCUAGUGGACCCUCCGCACCGCCCCCUCCACCACCGCCACCACCGCCACCUCCACCACCGCCUCCCCCACUACCACCAACAUCAGGACCAAAGCUCGGGCGUUCCAACACAAUACCUAGAUGUGGCUCCGCCCCGCCUAGGACGUCCGGGCCUAGGCUUACGAUCACACCAGAGGAUAUAGCUAAUGUUAAAUUAAGAAAGGCGAAGGAUCACCCAGUCCGCACCAAACCCCAAAACCAACCAAAGCAGCCGCUGGUGACGCAGCACAUGCUACAGACGACUCGCGCGAAACUCAGCCGCUCAAAACCACCCGCGGCAUCUACUCCCAACAAAAUGCUUAAUGACCUAGAGAAAUGCCUCCUCCAAGACACGUGGGUAUCCUCACUCCACCGGCGGCGCUCGACGCGCGCGUCCUUCCGCAGUGCGGAGGAGCUACGCCCGCGCCCCUACCCCACCGCGCGCACACACGCCCCGCGCUCCCCUCGCUCCCCCCGCGCCCCAAGGUCGCCCAGGGCCAGCUCGCUGCCUCGAGGAGCUUUAUCCCCUCUUAAGUAUCAGUUAACUUUACCGAAAUAGCAGAAAUUACUGAACAUGAAUGUCUGACCGUUAGCGCUGUUGUGAUGUCUCCCAGAUUGAGUAUCAAGUUGGAGAAGUAAUUAAAUUAUCAAAAAAAAAAUUUGGUCAGCAGAAAAAUCAGAUGGCAGCAGAUUAGGUUUAGGUUAGACUUUUCCUUCCUAAUUAACGAUUUUUUCUGUUGAAUAAGACAUCAUUUUUUUACAAAUCAGUUAAAUCAUACCUACCUAUAACCUUCCCUUUAACUUCCAUUCGAACUUCUUGAAUUCUAAGUUGUACCACAAUCUCAAAAAGCGCAUACGGUAAAUAUUUUUAGAGUGGGAUUAUGCAAUAAUAUCCAUCAAUGAAGGAGCCAAGGUCAUAGAUGGGUCCCUCCAUUCCUCUCGUUGUAGGUACCUACGGGAAAACAUGUUAAUUUCGAAAUACUGAUGAAGUCAGUAGUAUCAAUAAAUGCUCUAUGAGUAAUCAAUGUUUGUGAUUAUGAUUUAUGAUAAUGUUGAUUGAAGAUUGAUUUUAGAUUAUGUAUCAAUAAAUAUUGACAAUAUUGACGUAUAGGAGUCACAAACGUGAUUCUAAUGAUUGUGAAGCUAAAAGCUUAGAGAUUUUCGGUAUAGCAACGAACUGUAUUACUAUUGCACUGCACUUAUUAAAGUCUAGCACUUUAAUAAGUGCAUGCACAAGAAAAAAAUAUGACUCCCUGACUAGAAUUAUUAAGCCUACAAAAUUACUGGCAAACGUAGUGAAGCCGUAAAUCCAUAUAUCGCUUUUUCACUUGAUUAUUGUAAUAU